AUGUCCUUCACAUUUUCCUUCAGUUUAUCCGCAAAGUGUUCACUUAUCAUUUGUUUAGUGAUCACUGCUGGUCAUACAACGAAUACGGAAGAUGUAUGCAAUGACUUGGCGGAAGUGGAACAUCUUUGCUUAGCAUUUUCACUGGGUGUAACUAAUAUAACUUCACAGGAUGAUAUAGAUGAAUUCAAUCGUUCACAACCAUCAGAUGAGAUGGCUCAAAAGAUGACAGAUUUAUGCUCACCAAGUCAUGCUUGCACUCUCGAGUUUACCAAAUGUAUCCUACCAGCAUUUAAAGAAAAUUGUGAAAAUAAUCCCACACUGAUAAGAAUGUGCAAAAAUUUUCAUAUUCAUCUGAAACAGGAUGAAAAUGAUCAAAGAGUUGUCUGUGUUUAAUACUGUAUGGUUGUCUAUUGAAAAUUGAUCCAGUGAUACUGAUCAUAAUGAAGUCUAUGAAUAAUGCGCACACGUCUUUUUAUGUCUCACCUAG